CAAGAGAGACUCCACUUUGGGGGUCUCGCAUUGGCUCGAAUUGUCUCCAUGUUACUGACACUCGCUGCGGGUAUUGCAUUCCGACAAUGGAUAUGGCGGCUUUUGCGACGCAAGAGUCUUCCCAUAGGAUCUAUUUGAGUGACCUCAGUUAUCAUGAAAGUAAGCAAGUAACACUAACUUUUCUCCAAUCUAGCAUGCAUUUUACUCAGAAUACCCCCGUGACAUUCACAAGCGACGUCUUGGUUUUCAAAUACACCUGGAAAAUACUGGUUCUGCCAUACGCAGCAGGCGUAUUCAUCACCCUCACCAUCAUCUCCUUCGGCAUCAUCGCACUCUUUUCCAAUGGCAUUGUAUCCGAUUUUCGCUUCUCUGCCAUCUUGCGUACCACCAGAAUUGAUGGGCCAGAGCCCAAUCGGCUGUUCAGGGGGGCACAGUUAGGAGCCAACCCUCUUCCAGAAGUGAUCGAAAAGACGAAAUUGAGAUUUGGAAGUUUAAUUAGCGAUGGUACUGGUGAGGUGGGUACGGCUUUUGGACUUGACGGACAGAUAGGUUCUAGGGUGGAGUUGCGCGAGCGAAAGCAUGAUAUUCGGGAUUUGAAGGGAUGAAUGUCUUUGCGGUGCACUUAUGUGCUGAAAAAAGUAGCCCGGUCGAGUUUAAAUCAGGCUAUGGUAAGAGUAAGGAGAAAUAUUUGUGCAUCUUUGGUUGUAGCCUGCUCGCCCAAAACAAGUUAUUCACAUGUCAGCAGUGCGG